AUGGUGUCGACAGCUGCACCGAGCGAACCCCAGUCCGAGGAGAACGAUUUUGUGGAAGUUGCCUUGGAUGCAGUAGUCGAGUCGCCAGAGCGCCAGCCGUGCUCACUGAAUCUGGACCUGCUGCGGCAUAGCUACAAGCGCGGAGGCAGGUCGCAGCUGAAUCUGUCUGCGCACAAGUCGACAGAUUGCCUGCCUGCACCAUGUUUAAAGCAGUCGCGCAGCCUCAGCGCGUCACACUAUGACGAUAUGGUGCUAGACCCGCUCUCCAUCGAUACUUCUAGUGUGCAAGCAAGCUUGUACAUGCGCCGCGAGCGAAAAGUCAAGGGGCGCUAUCGCAGCCGACUCGAAUCGCCACGGAAACAGCCGUUGGCGCUUUCUAUGGACGACUUGACUCUGAAAAAUAUGCACAAGUGCAGCGAUGGUGCAGUGACUGAUCCUGGGAUUACCAUGACGGUCGCGGAUGCCCAGGGUGACUUUGUGGUUGUGCAAUCACCGCGUGCCAUGCAGUACCGCAUGCCGGUUUCGCGCAAUAAUUUCGGGAUAGAUUUGGUCCAAGGAAAACGUGCGUCGAGUUUGCGUGAUCCUGUGGUGUUCGAGCACAACGGAUCAAACGGGAAUGCACUGGGCACACUUAGCGAGCCGGUAUCGCCGUGUUAUUCGAGGAGUGAGACGCCGCUGCCCGACUCCCUACCUGACACAAAGCAUGACACGAGCGAACCCAGUGCACCUGCCGCGCCGCCCAUACCUCCCUUGCCAACGCCUGCGGGCGGCUCCAGCCUCACACGGAUGCCGCACCUCCCACCCAAAUCGCGCAAAGAAGAAAAGAAACACCUUGCCGAAUUCACCACAAUGAUGGAGCAGUCCAUCGCAGCAGAGAAGAAGCGCGACGAAGAGACUGCCUCGCUGAACAAGCAGCGUGAAGAGGGGGAGAAGGCGCGUCGUAGGAUAUGGGAAGAGGAAAUCCUUCCGUGCUGGACGCGCGCGCGUCAGGAGCCACGCUACCGAGAGCUUUGGUGGCGCGGCAUUCCUCCCUCGCUGCGUGCGCGUCUUUGGUCGCGCGCGUGCGGAAACAAUCUUAUGCUUCCGCAUGAUUUGUUUGCAAAAGCAGUUGCGCUCGCAAAAGAUGCGCUCGAACACGACCAAAUGCCGUCAUUUUUGUGCGACGCUGUGGAAGAGGAUAUUGCAAACACGCUUCCAAGCUUGCGCCUCUUUAACCACCCCGAUGCCCCUCUCUACUGGGAAUUCCGCGAUAUUCUUUACGCCUUUCUCUUUGUCCGCGCAGACGAGGCAGCGCAGCGUAUGGGCACAGAUACAUUGGCACUCGAAAAGCUCAACGAGCAUUUUGUGCUGUACGUGCCCGGCACCGCGAAUCUUGCCGCAAUGCUCUUGAUAAAUAUGCCCGCAGAGCAGGCGCUGGUCGCUUUGAUCAACCUUAUCGGCAAGCUCCACUGGCUUCGCGCCUUGUAUCAACUGGAGCGCAGCCCUGUGCGAAAUGAGGAGACAAUCAGCUACAAAGAAGUGUAUGCAUUUGAGCGCGUAUUCAAUACACUGAUUGCCGAGCAAUUUCCCGUGGUCUAUGCCAAUUUGCAAAAGCACGACAUUCGAGCGAGCACCUUUUUGCGUUUUUGGAUCCGCUCCAUGUUUGUCCCAUGGCUUGAUAUCGAUGUGGUAGCGCAGCUUUGGGACAUUAUCCUGCUAGAAGACUCUAGUGCUGCACUCUACCGCAUUGCAAUUGCGCUAUUCCAGCUCUUGGUGCCUCGGCUCUACGCGCACGACCCUGCAGAACUCGCAAGUAUUCUGCAAGGUACCAACAAGGGCGUACUCCACGUCUGGUACCGCGAGUGGCCAGUGCCUCCCAAAGACGAAACACCCCCCAAAGACCGCAUCUAUGCACAGUAUGCAAUGAGCGAGGCCAGUGUAUACCGCGCGCUUGACGAACAAAAUAGCUGGUGGAAAGACUCCACCCUGCAGCGACUGCUAGAUCGCGAAUUACACUAG